AUGUCACAGAUAUUCUCGUACACCAGUAAGCAGGCCCUGCAGACAGAUGACGUGUGUCUCGAUGUGUCUGCGAUAGGCGGCCCCGUGAAGCUGUUCCAAUGUCACGGGCUGGGGGUGUUUGCCUUUACGGGUAAGGGUCAACUAAUGAUGGAUGAUAACGUAUGUAUCACGUCAGCGCGGGGCGUCAUAAAGUUCCAGACGUGCGAGGCAGAUGGCCCCAAGUGGGACUAUAACAAAGAGACUCACGAGUUACGGCACGUGAACAGUAAUCAGUGUCUAGGAAAGGCGAGCGAUGCAGACAAAGAGGCGCCCUCAAUAGGCCCUUGUGACGGUUCAGAGGGACAGAAGUGGACAUUUUCUGACAUGAAAAUGUGACAUACUUGAGUGAUAGGACUAUACAAUCAAACCAAAUCAUGGGUUUACUGGUU